CACCGUUAGCAGCAUUACAUUUAAAAUGUUCAAUUAAAUACGAUAUUUAAUUUAAUUUUGCGGGUUUUACAGUUAUAGUUAAAGCCUAUUGAGAAGUUUUUUUUUUUAAUAAUAAAAAAAUAUAGUUUUUUUUUUCGACUUUUUUAAAAGUGUAAAUUUUAUAGUGCGAGUGGUAGGACAUGUGAUAGAAUUCGACGGACUUUUGAGUAUUUUGAAAAUGGAAUUUUGGGCGCGAAUUUUCGUACGGACUGUAAUCAUUUGUUUUUGUGUUAUUUUUACAAAUGGGAGGAGUGUACGACAAAACAGUGGUAUCUCAAAUAAAGAAUUCGAUGAAAGAAACAAGUACCACUGGAGGCAACAGGCACAAUGGACGUUACGAUCGAAGCUCUCAACGCCACUCAACACCGAAGUUGCGAAGAACGUGAUACUAUUUCUGGGAGACGGGAUGAGUGUGACCACACUGGCUGCCACCAGGGCUUACCUGGGCCAGAAAUAUGGACACCUAGGAGAAGAGAUCAAGCUGAGCUUCGAGAUGUUUCCCUUCACCGGGUUAUCUAAGACAUACUGCGUAGACCACAACGUGGCAGACUCCGCGUGCAGCGGCACAGCAUAUCUCUCUGGUGUGAAGGCCAACAGUGGGACAGUGGGCCUCAGCGCUGCGGUUAAGCGUGGGGACUGUGUCGCGCAAUUAUCUGGGAACCACUCGGUGACGGGAUUGGUCGACUGGGCACAGAAGGCUGGGAAAAGCACAGGUGUUGUCACCACGACGCGCGUGACCCACGCUACCCCCGCGGCUUCAUACGCGCACUCAGCUGAUCGGCGUUGGGAGGCCGACACAGACCUGCCGAGGUACGGGCCUCGCUGUGAAGAUAUAGCUACGCAACUCGUGAGAGGACAAGUUGGGAAGAAUAUUGAUGUAGUCUUAGGCGGGGGUCGUCAAAACUUCCUCCCCUACACUAAAAAGGAUAUCGAAGGCCGCCCAGGCUACAGAAAAGACGGCAAAGACCUCAUCGCCGAGUGGCUGAACACCAAAAAGGAACUCGGACGGAACGCGAAAUACGUCUACACUAAGACAGGACUUCUUAAUCUCAGUCCUAGUGUGGAUAGUGUGCUUGGUCUGUUCUCUCCGAGCCAUAUGCCGUACCAUUUGGAGGCUGAUGAGGAGGAUCCUACCUUAUCUGAGAUGACGCAGAAGGCUAUACAGAUACUGUCGAAGAAUAAGAAUGGGUUCUUCUUAUUUGUUGAAGGAGGCAGAAUAGACACCGCUCACCACGAGACGAAAGCCCAGAAAGCCUUGGACGAGACUGUGGAGCUAGCGAAGGCAGUAGAAGCAGCCCUCAGGAUAGUGGAUCCUCACGAAACUUUGGUGGUGGUCACAUCGGACCAUAGCCAUACUAUGACGUAUAGUGGGUACAGCAAGCGGGGGUCUGACAUACUUGGAUUCAGUAACAGGAUAAACGCAUCAGACCACCAACCGUUUACAACCUUAAGCUACGCUACCGGACCAGGGCACAAGCAAGGCCACGAUUCGCAAAGAUAUGACCUCACCUCUGACGAUCUGAAAAACCCGAACUACACCUACCCAGCUUUAGUCCCGAUGUCCCGAGAGACUCACGGAGGCGAGGAUGUGGCAGUUUUCGCAAGAGGGCCUUGGGCGCACCUGUUCACUGGCAACUACGAGCAAAACUAUCUGCCGCAUGCGCUAGCAUAUGCGGCGUGCAUGGGCGGCGGGCUGCAUGCGUGUCAUGAGUAUACUUACACGUAGCCUACUUACUGAGACAAAAUAGCUGUGUUCCUAUCUAGAGCCCACCUGGUUAUAGGAAAUUACGAGCGGAACCAUCUGCCGCAUGCGCUAGCAUAUGCGGCGUGCAUGGGCGGCGGGCUGCAUGCGUGUUAUGAGUAUACUUACACGUAGCCUACUUACUGAGGCAAAAUAGCUGUGUUCCUAUCUAAAGCCCACCUGUUUAUAGGAAACUACGUGCAAAACUAUCUACCGCACGCGUUAGCAUAUGCGACGUGCAUGCGCGGCGGGCUGCAUGCGUGUCAUGAGUAUACUUACACGUAGCCUACUUACUGAGGCAAAAUAGCUGUGUUCCUAUCUAAAGCCCACCUGUUUAUAGGAAAUUACGAGCGGAACUAUCUGCCGCAUGCGCUAGCUUAUGCGGCAUGCAUGGGCGGCGGGCUGCAUGCGUGUCACGAGUAUACUUACACGUAGCCUACUUACUGAGGCAAAAUAGCUGUGUUCCUAUGUAAAGCCCACAUGUUUAUAGGAAAUUACGAGCGGAACCAUCUGCCGCAUGCGCUAGCAUAUGCGGCGUGCAUGGACGGCGGGCUGCAUGCGUGUCAUGAGUAUACUUACACGUAGCCUACUUACUGAGGCAAAAUAGCUGUGUUCCUAUCUAGAGCCCACCUGUUUAUAGGAAAUUACGAGCGGAACCAUCUGCCGCAUGCGCUAGCAUAUGCGGCGUGCAUGGGCGGCGGGCUGCAUGCGUGUCAUGAGUAUACUUACACGUAGCCUACUUACUGAGGCAAAAUAGCUGUGUUCCUAUCUAAAGCCCACCUGUUUAUAGGAAACUACGUGCAAAACUAUCUACCGCACGCGUUAGCAUAUGCGACGUGCAUGCGCGGCGGGCUGCAUGCGUGUCAUGAGUUUACUUACACGUAGCGUACUCACUGAGGCAAAGUAUCUGUGUUCCUAUCUAGAGCCCACCUUGUUAUAGGAAACUAUGAGCAAGAGAAUAUCUGUCGCACGCGUUAGCAUAUGCGGCGUGCAUGGGCGGCGGGAUACAUGCGUGUCAUGAGUAUACUUAGGCGUAGCCAUCGCGACGGCCUUGGGCGCAUAUCUUCACAGGCAAUUACGAGCAAAACUAUCUGCCACAUAAGGCGUACAUGGACAGUGAGUUGCAUGAUGCGUGUCAUGAGUAUACUUAUAACACGUCCUCUUGAAAGUGGAAAAUAGCAUUUGAGCCUUAGGCACUUCUCUUUACGGGAGAACACCUACUUGCCGCAUAGGCUAUGUGUGUAUAUACGUGUAGUUAUUACAAGUACUAAUUGCCACAACCGUUACAUUCGGUUUGUGGCAGGCUGGCAGGCUGCGCCACCCGUAUUAACAUUACAGUUUGUUUACCGAUGUCUACGAGCAAAACACGGAUGCGCAUGCUCGCAUAUGCGGCUGAAUGCUCGCGUGACAGCAGUUUGCUAACACUGUUGGUUUUAUGCCUCGUUUACAACAGGCCCUUAACGGCAGGGCAAUACGGUAAUGAGCAGGAACAUACUGUAACUAAACGCCAUGUCCAUGCAUGUCUGGUCUGGUGGUAAAAAGUUUGUACAUAGCCACGUCAGCAAAUUUUAAUUGAUCCUAUUUUGUUACCAACAUUUAGUAAUAUAAGUCAACUUUCGUAAAGCUGAGUUUAG